AUGACAGCUUUGCCUUUACGAAUACGCACUUCGCUUUUCGCCCUCACUUCAUUAGCUUCCUUGAUUCAUGGCUACCCAGCAACGGCCAUUGUUGCCUCUGAUGCCGAAAAGAUCAGCUAUGGAUCGGCCGAGUUUCUAGAAAAGGUAUUCAUUAUUAUCUUUCUAGUACUCCUUGGCGGUGUAUUUGCAGGUUUGACGUUGGGUCUUAUGGGCCAAGAUGAAACCAACUUGCACGUCCUUAUCGAAUCUGGAACCCCAAGUGAGCGAAAGAAUGCCAAAAAGGUGCUUGCGUUGCUUGAACGUGGCAAGCAUUGGGUCUUGGUUACUUUGUUGCUAUCGAAUGUGGUCAUCAAUGAGACUUUGCCAAUUAUCUUGGAUGGUGUUCUUGGUGGUGGAUGGCAAGCUGUUGUGAUUUCUACUGCUUUGAUUGUUAUUUUUGGCGAGGUUAUUCCUCAAUCCAUCUGUGUCCGUUAUGGCUUGGCAAUCGGUGCAAGAACAGCUUGGAUGGUCCUUGUGCUCAUGUAUGUCAUGUAUCCCAUUGCAUAUCCAACGGCAUUGCUUUUGGACUAUUUCCUUGGUGAAUCCCAUGGCACAGUUUACAAAAAGGCUGGUCUCAAGACUUUGGUGUCCCUUCACCAAGCAGUGGAGCCAUCCGAUGUCGAAGCACUUACUUCGGAUGAAGUGACGAUCAUUGGUGCUGUCCUUGAUCUUCGAUCGAAACCGGUAUCACAAAUCAUGACCCCCAUCCGUGACGUAUUCAUUUUAUCAGUGGAUGAUAUCCUUGACGAGGCGCUUGUGGACAAGAUUUUGACCGCUGGCUACUCGCGUAUACCUGUACAUGCUGCCGGUGAAGAUACCAACUUUGUUGGCAUGUUGUUGACCAAACGUCUCAUUACCUAUGAUCCCGAGGAUGCAUUGCCAGUAUCCAACUUACAACUCAGCACUUUGCCCGAGACUGGCCCUGAUACAAGCUGUUUGGACAUUCUCAAUUUCUUCCAAGAAGGAAAAAGUCAUAUGGCAUUGGUUUCAGAUGAUCCUGGAGGUCAAAGCGGUGCUAUUGGUGUGAUUACUCUUGAAGAUGUCAUUGAGGAACUUAUUGGCGAGGAAAUCAUUGAUGAGACGGAUGUCUAUGUUGAUGUGGCCAACAAGGUGCGUGUGGUGCGUCGUCAAGUCACCAACAGCAGGAAAUCCAAUGCCCGUCUCCAUUCAAGAUGGCGUAAACGACAUUCUCAACCAGGACCUAUCAAAGAAUCGAUUGUGCGUUCCAUGUCUACACAUUCUGUAUCCAAUCCUCAUCACAACAAGGUCGUGGAGCCCUAUCAAAAGACGUAUGGUGCCAUCACGCAUGGUGUUCUCUCUUCAUCGCCUUCCAAUGGUGCACAACAACAACAACAGGAACGUCAUCCUUUGUUGACCGGUUCUCCAAAAUGA